AUGGACAUUGACUAUGAGGGCUUCAGGUGGUUUCUGGAUACCUUCCUGGAGGUAUCUACUCCUGAUGAACUCACAAGACAUCUGUUCCUUUCUUUCGUUCGGCGAGAUCGGCGGCCGGCGCUCCGUGAGAUGGCGGCAGCAAGUUCAGCUGCCGCAUGCGCAGCAGUCACUGCCCAUGGAGAUCAUCAGGGCAAGUUGAGUCUAGCAUCCAAGAUUCACGGGUUAGCUGAGCGACUACAACAGCUUGGGAAGAGCUCUGGAGACUCAGUCGACGGCAGUGACAAGGGUUCUAGGAGUAGAACUGGUGAGAAUAUUCAUAUUUGUUGAUUGCUUUAUUGUAAAACCUAAUAGAUUUUUAUUCUUUCACCUCAGUAGCCGAUUGGAUCCCACGUCAGUGUCCAGGUGUUGCCAUCUCUGGGGUCCCAGAUUUUUAUUUUAUGUAGAAAAAUAAUUUGUAUGUCUUCGUUAUUCAGACAUUCCAUAAUAAAGCCAAUUGCUAUAGCGACUCAUCUAAAACUCUGAGCAAAAUUUGUGAUGUUUUCUAAUAUUUAAUUUAUUCAUUCAUUAUUAUUGUUGUUAGGCAGCGUCCACCCCAUGUUCAGUGUGACUACUCAUCCUUCUUACUCCUCACACGAGCUCUGCCUGGAGCGCCGCCAUGACACCAGCCCCAGUCACAGUCAGGUCUCGCGCAACUCCAGCAGGAAGAGUACCAACUCUUUACGCGUAAAUCAGAUUACCAAAAUCGAAGGUGAAGUUAAUAAUACUUAUCAUUUUAUAAUAACUUUCCGCACGCGUAAAUUAUAGCCAAUGUCACCCGCGUAUGAUGUGGCCUGUAGGGGAAACUAUUUUUAAAAAUUUGUCUAGUUGUUUCGGAGCCUAUUCGAUACAAACAAACAAUCAAAUCUUACCUCUUUAUAAUAUUAGACUAGUUGUUUUACCACAUUUUUGGUUGAGUGAAUAUUUACACGAUUGAGAAUAUUUUCAUGA